GAUUACUGUCGAAAUGAUUAUUGGAAGCGAUCCCAAGUCGGCGUCCUUAAGAGUCGGCAAAUAUAAUUUAGUUGAUUUGGCCGGCAGUGAGAGACAGUCGAAGACAGGAACUACUGGCGAUCGGCUUAAAGAGGCGGCAAAAAUUAAUUUAUCCCUCACUUCCUUAUCUCUUGUGAUCGCAGCUCUCACUGACUCUAAAGCAACUCAUAUUCCUUAUCGAAACUCCAAAUUAACUCGUAUUUUAUCUGAUUCUUUGGGUGGAAACUCAAAAACUCUUCUAAUCGCUUGUAUUGGACCGGCAAAAAUGAAUAUUGAAGAAAGUGUUAGUACUUUACGAUUUGCGUCGACGACUAAACAUAUCAAAAAUAAAGCCGUUAUCAAUGAAGACGCGAAGGACGCUCUUCUCAGACGAUUUCAGGAACAAAUCCAAGAACUUAAGCAACAGUUGGAGUUGGAAGCCGAUGAAAAUGAAGCCAAUGGAGACUCACUUCUCAUUAAUAAUGAGAUAAAUGGCUCAAUGGUUCCAAUGAUUCCGAGUGAAAUCUUAGAGAAACUCAAGAGUUUAGAGAAUAAGAUAUGCGUUGGCGGAGAGAAUUUGAUAGAAAAGGCUGAAAUGCAACAGCAAUUGAUCGCCAAAAGUGAAGCCGAACUGCAAGAGAGAAGAGACAAAGAAAGGCAAUUGCAGUCAACUCUUGAGAUGAAACAAAAGGAGUUUCUCGAAAUGGAAGACUCUUACGGAACACUUCAGGAAGAGGUGAAUGCACUCAAUAAAAAGCUUAAAAAGGCAUUUUAUUACCUAAAAGACGCGAAAAGUGAAUUAACUGACAUUCAGUCGGAAUACGAGAAACUUCACGAAGACUUACUCGACUCCGUAAGGACUGCUAAUAAGGAGAUCAAACUCGCAAACUGUCUCAUUAAUCAUUACAUUCCGGAUUCUCAAUACGAAGUGAUACACAAUGCGUCCAAAUAUAAUGAAUUGGUGGGCGAAUGGCAGUUGAGGUGUAUUGCGUACACCGGUAAUAAUAUGCAACAGGCGAAUAUCCGAAACGCCAUGAAAUAA